CAAAGAGCGGAGCUGGGGGCACCGGGUUUGAAGUCGUGCGGGUCGGAGGACUCCCGCCGUCGCCGCUGCCUCAGACCCCUGCUCCCCAGCCGCGGCGGGGACGAGCUCGGGCAGGCGGCGGGGCAGAUGCCCGAGGGCCCGCGCCGGGUCGCCCCGCUCGCCCCGGCCGCUCCCUUGUGCUCCGCGGCCUGGGCCUGCGCCGCUCUGCUCUCUGGAAACUAGCGCCUCAGCGGCGCGGCGCGUAGCUCGCGGGGAGCCCCGAACCGCCGGUGCCCGGCCAUGGCGGUUUCCAGGCUUGAUCGUCUUUUUAUCUUACUGGAUACUGGCACUACUCCAGUUACAAGAAAAGCUGCUGCACAGCAACUUGGAGAAGUGGUGAAACUUCAUCCUCAUGAACUAAAUAAUCUCUUAUCUAAAGUGUUGAUAUAUUUAAGGAGUACAAAUUGGGAUACCCGGAUUGCGGCAGGACAAGCUGUUGAAGCUAUAGUGAAAAAUGUACCUGAGUGGAAUCCCGUGCCAAGAACCAAACAAGAACCUACUUCAGAAAGUGCUAUGGAAGAUUCUUCUACUACAGAUCGAUUGAAUUUUGACAGAUUUGAUAUAUGUAGAUUGUUACAACAUGGGGCAUCGCUUUUGGGAUCUGCUGGUGCAGAAUUCGAAGUACAAGAUGAAAAAUCAGGUGAAGUGGAUCCUAAAGAGAGGAUAGCACGCCAACGGAAACUAUUACAGAAGAAACUUGGCCUUAAUAUGGGAGAAGCCAUUGGAAUGAGUACUGAAGAACUCUUUAAUGAUGAAGAUUUGGAUUACACCCCGACUUCAGCAGCCCUUAUAAACAAACAACCUACUCUCCAGGCAGCUGAAUUGAUUGACUCAGAAUUUCGAACAGGAAUGAGCAAUAGACAAAAAAACAAAGCUAAAAGAAUGGCCAAGUUAUUUGCAAAACAGAGAUCCAGGGAUGCAGUGGAAACUAACGAGAAGAGCAAUGAUAGCACUGAUGGGGAACCAGAAGAAAAGAGACGAAAAAUAGCAAACGUUGUUAUUAAUCAGUCUGCAAAUGAUUCCAAAGUUUUGAUUGAUAAUAUGCCAGACAGUUCUUCCUUAAUUGAAGAGACAAAUGAAUGGCCGUUAGAAAGCUUUUGUGAAGAACUUUGCAAUGACCUUUUUAAUCCCUCCUGGGAGGUUCGACAUGGCGCAGGCACUGGACUUAGGGAAAUCCUUAAAGCUCAUGGGAAAAGCGGUGGUAAAAUGGGAGACAGCACUUUAGAAGAAAUGAUUCAGCAGCAUCAAGAGUGGUUGGAAGACUUGGUUAUUAGACUCCUUUGUGUUUUUGCAUUAGACAGAUUUGGAGACUUUGUUUCUGAUGAAGUUGUGGCACCAGUUCGUGAAACUUGUGCUCAAACAUUAGGUGUGGUGUUAAAGCACAUGAAUGAAACUGGAGUUCAUAAGACUGUGGAUGUGCUGCUUAAGUUACUUACACAAGAACAAUGGGAAGUUAGACAUGGAGGUCUGCUGGGAAUAAAAUAUGCUUUGGCAGUUCGUCAGGAUGUAAUUAAUACUUUAUUGCCUAAAGUUUUAACUAGAAUAAUUGAAGGACUCCAGGACCUUGAUGAUGAUGUCAGAGCUGUUGCUGCAGCAUCAUUAGUACCUGUGGUAGAAAGCCUGGUGUAUCUUCAGACACAUAAGGUACCCUUCAUUAUAAAUACAUUAUGGGAUGCUCUUCUGGAACUAGAUGAUCUAACAGCUUCAACAAAUAGUAUUAUGACUCUUCUUUCAUCCUUGUUAACUUAUCCUCAGGUCCAACAAUGCAGUAUUCAACAGUCACUCACAGUUUUAGUUCCACGUGUCUGGCCUUUUUUGCAUCACACUAUAUCAUCAGUUCGAAGAGCAGCAUUGGAAACUCUGUUUACUUUAUUAUCAACACAGGACCAGAACUCUUCAUCUUGGCUUAUACCUAUCCUGGCUGAUAUGCUGAGACACAUUUUUCAGUUUUGCGUUUUAGAAAGCAGCCAGGAAAUUCUGGACCUCAUUCACAAGGUUUGGAUGGAAUUAUUGAGCAAGGCUUCAGUUCAGUAUGUAGUAGCAGCUGCUUGUCCGUGGAUGGGUGCUUGGCUUUGCUUAAUGAUGCAGCCUUCUCAUUUACCUAUUGAUAUAAAUAUGUUGCUGGAAGUAAAAGCUAGAGCCAAGGAAAAAACAUGUGGUAAAGUGCGCCAAGGCCAAAGCCAGAGUAAAGAAGUACUUCAGGAGUACAUUGCAGGUGCAGACACUAUCAUGGAAGACCCCACUACAAGGGAUUUUGUGGUUAUGCGGGCCAGAAUGAUGGCAGCCAAAUUGUUAGGAGCACUUUGUUGCUGUAUUUGUGAUCCAGGUGUAAAUGUGGUAACCCAAGAAAUUAAACCAGCUGAAUCCCUUGGCCAGUUACUACUCUUCCAUUUGAACUCCAAAUCUGCCUUACAGAGAAUUAGUGUUGCUUUGGUAAUCUGUGAAUGGGCUGCUUUACAAAAGGAGUGUAAAGCUGUUACCCUAGCUGUGCAGCCACGUUUACUUGAUAUCCUUUCAGAACAUUUGUAUUAUGAUGAAAUUGCCGUUCCGUUCACGCGAAUGCAGAAUGAGUGUAAACAGCUUAUUUCGUCAUUAGCUGAUGCACAUAUUGAUGUUGGUAAUAGAGUAAACAACAAUGUUUUUACAAUAGAUCAAGCUAAUGACCUGGUCACUACUGUUUUUAAUGAAGUCACAUCAUCUUUCAAAUUAAAUCCUCAAGUGUUACAGCAGUUAGAUAGUAAACGACAGCAGGUCCAAAUGACAGUUACAGAGACCAACCAGGAGUGGCAAGUGUUGCAGUUGAGAGUGCAUACUUUUGCUGCAUGUGCGGUUGUGAGCUUGCAGCAGCUUCCGGAGAAAUUAAAUCCUAUCAUAAAACCAUUAAUGGAGACAAUUAAAAAAGAAGAGAAUACACUAGUGCAAAACUAUGCGGCUCAGUGCAUAGCCAAACUACUUCAUCAGUGCACAACAAGGACGCCCUGUCCCAAUCCAAAAAUUAUUAAGAACCUCUGUAGCUCACUUUGUGUGGACCCGUAUCUAACUCCUUGUGUCACAUGUCCAGUACCAACACAAAGUGGCCAGGAAAAUUCUAAAGGAUCCAACUCUGAAAAAGAUGGAAUGCAGCAUAGUGUCACCAAGCACAGAGGUAUAAUUACACUGUAUAGGCAUCAGAAAGCUGCUUUUGCUAUCACAAGUAGGCGAGGUCCUACCCCCAAAGCAGUAAAAGCUCAAAUAGCAGAUCUUCCUGCAGGAAGUAGUGGAAAUAUCCUUGUUGAACUUGAUGAGGCCCAGAAGCCUUACCUGGUACAACGGAGAGGAGCCGAAUUUGCCUUGACAACUAUAGUGAAACAUUUUGGCGGUGAAAUGGCAGUGAAGUUGCCACAUCUCUGGGAUGCUAUGGUCGGUCCACUGAGGAAUACAAUUGACAUAAAUAAUUUUGAUGGAAAGUCCCUCCUGGAAAAGGGAGAUGGUCCUGCCCAAGAACUGGUGAAUUCUCUGCAAGUUUUUGAAACAGCAGCAGCAUCAAUGGAUUCUGAGCUUCAUCCCUUGUUGGUACAGCAUUUGCCUCAUCUUUAUAUGUGCCUUCAGUACCCCAGCACCGCAGUGAGGCACAUGGCUGCUCGUUGUGUUGGUGUCAUGAGCAAAAUAGCUACCAUGGAAACCAUGAAUAUUUUUUUGGAGAAGGUACUUCCAUGGCUGGGAGCAAUUGAUGACAAUAUCAAACAAGAGGGUGCAAUUGAAGCACUUGCCUGUGUAAUGGAACAACUGGAUGUUGGUAUUGUUCCAUAUAUUGUCCUUUUAGUUGUGCCUGUGUUGGGAAGAAUGAGUGAUCAAACAGACAGUGUAAGAUUCAUGGCUACGCAGUGCUUUGCAACACUAAUUAGACUCAUGCCACUUGAGGCAGGCAUUCCAGACCCUCCAAAUAUGUCAGAAGAAUUAAUCCAAUUGAAAGCCAAGGAACGACACUUUUUGGAGCAAUUGUUAGAUGGGAAAAAAUUAGAAAAUUACAAAAUUCCAGUACCAAUCAAUGCUGAACUCAGAAAAUAUCAGCAGGAUGGUGUGAACUGGUUAGCAUUUCUUAAUAAGUAUAAACUUCAUGGAAUUCUGUGUGAUGACAUGGGUUUAGGGAAAACUUUACAGUCCAUCUGCAUUCUAGCAGGAGAUCAUUGUCACAGGGCACAGGAAUAUGCAAGAUCAAAAUUGGCAGAAUGUAUGCCACUUCCUUCCUUGGUGGUUUGUCCGCCAACAUUAACAGGUCAUUGGGUGGAUGAAGUAGGUAAAUUUUGCUCCAGAGAAUAUCUCAAUCCAUUGCACUAUACUGGACCUCCUACUGAAAGAAUAAGAUUACAGCAUCAAGUAAAAAGGCACAAUCUGAUAGUGGCUUCAUAUGAUGUUGUGAGGAAUGACAUAGAUUUCUUUAGAAAUAUUAAAUUUAACUACUGUAUUCUUGAUGAAGGCCAUGUCAUCAAAAAUGGAAAAACAAAAUUGUCAAAAGCAGUAAAACAACUGACUGCUAAUUACAGAAUUAUUCUUUCUGGAACACCAAUCCAGAACAACGUUUUGGAGCUGUGGUCAUUAUUUGAUUUCCUCAUGCCAGGAUUUUUGGGGACUGAACGCCAGUUUGCUGCUCGGUAUGGUAAACCUAUAUUAGCAAGUAGGGAUGCUCGAAGCUCCAGUCGAGAACAAGAAGCAGGUGUUCUUGCGAUGGAUGCACUACAUCGCCAAGUCCUGCCAUUUCUUUUGAGAAGAAUGAAAGAAGACGUUUUGCAGGAUCUUCCACCCAAAAUUAUUCAAGACUAUUAUUGUACUCUUAGUCCUCUCCAGGUUCAGCUGUAUGAGGAUUUUGCUAAGUCUCGUGCCAAAUGUGAUGUUGAUGAAACAGUUUCUUCAGCUGCACUUUCUGAAGAAACUGAAAAACCGAAGCUUAAAGCUACAGGCCAUGUAUUCCAGGCAUUACAGUACUUACGUAAACUAUGCAACCAUCCAGCAUUAGUUUUAACACCUCAACAUCCAGAGUUCAAGAGUACUACCGAAAAACUGGCAGUUCAGAAUUCUUCUCUUCACGAUAUUCAACAUGCCCCUAAACUCUCAGCUUUGAAACAAUUGCUGUUGGACUGUGGUUUGGGAAAUGGCAGCACUUCAGAGAGUGGCACAGAGUCUGUUGUGGCCCAGCACAGGAUACUGAUCUUCUGUCAGCUUAAAAGCAUGCUUGAUAUAGUAGAACAUGAUCUUCUCAAACCUCACUUACCCUCUGUCACUUAUUUGAGAUUAGAUGGCAGCAUACCUCCUGGUCAGAGACAUUCCAUUGUUUCCCGGUUUAACAAUGAUCCAUCCAUAGAUGUUCUCUUACUUACAACUCACGUUGGUGGCUUAGGGCUUAACUUAACAGGUGCUGACACAGUGGUAUUUGUGGAGCACGACUGGAAUCCCAUGCGUGACUUACAAGCCAUGGACCGGGCCCAUCGCAUUGGGCAGAAACGUGUGGUUAACGUGUACCGAUUGAUAACCAGAGGAACAUUGGAAGAGAAAAUAAUGGGUUUACAGAAAUUCAAGAUGAACAUAGCAAAUACUGUUAUUAGCCAAGAGAAUUCUAGUUUGCAGAGUAUGGGGACAGAUCAGCUUCUCGAUCUGUUUACUCUUGAUAAGGAUGGCAAAGCAGAAAAAGCUGACACCUCUACUUCUGGAAAAGCAAGUAUGAAAUCAAUUCUUGAAAACCUGAGUGAUCUUUGGGAUCAAGAGCAAUAUGAUUCAGAGUACAGCCUGGAAAAUUUUAUGCAUUCUCUCAAGUAACUAUCAAAAUAUUAUAAAUGCAAUUGCUGCUAGUUCAGUUACAUUUCUGCUGAUAUUCAGCAAAUUUCAAAGUUUAUGGUGAACUUUUAGCUCAAUGUGUAAAUAGAUCUGAAGAAUAUUCAGCAUAACGCUGGUUCUUGUUUCACUGGGGGGAACAAGCUAUUCUCAAAUAUUUGCACUGUAUUAAAUUUAAAUGUUAAUGUGAAAUGGUUUAAAUUUUACAUGCUGAAUAGCUGCAGAGCAGAGGAACCAAACCAGGUUUACACGUGCUACCAUGAGGUGUUCUUACUGAGAACGAGCCUCCUGUCUUUACCUAGUCACUUUGUACAGGAUAAUAUCCAUGAGUACUUUAGUGUUCAUGUACAUUUUUUCUUUUAAGUAGAACUUGUUUUUAUAAAUGAUUAAAAAUAGGGCUUUUUUUUUUUGUAUAAAAGCCUUAAUGAGCCAUAAUUUUAAGAAUAAUGACUACGAUAUUGGUCACUCUUGGAACAUGAAAAUCUUAGACAAUGAAUUGAACCAGGCCCUCGGUGGAAACCUUUAUAUAUUUAAUGCAGAAGCGUAGUGUUUUUCAAAUCUUUAACAUCAUUUUGUCAACUUUUAAAAUAUAUCAACUAUUCUAAAUACAGGUAAUGGUCUAUUUAAGGCUCUCAUAACAUCCUAUUAAGAGGGUGUUUUUUUUAAUUUAUCUAAUGGCUAGGAUAUAGCCAGAUUCAGAGAACAUAUGUACUCAAUAGGUUUCAAUCAUAUAAAUAUAUAAUAUAUUUUUUGUAACUAUGAACAACUAUAUACAGUUUUCCAGAAGUAGAUUUUACACUGUUUGGAAUUCCAAAACCAAUGGUGAAGAGACUGUUUAUUGUAGUAAUGCAUGACUGAAGCAUAAAAGGGAGAAAUAAUUCCUCUACGUACACAAACAUACAUAAAUACACAUAUCUAUAUGCACAGAUGUUACCUAUCCUGCAUCCGAAAAGGUGCUUGGUAUUGGCACUAAAAUCAUGUAGUUAUACUGGGCAGCAAUAAUAAUUGGGCAUGAAGUUGAUUAACAUGUUAGAAAAGUGAGCUCAAUGAUGAGGGUGGGUAUAUGUAUAUAGAUAUGCAUGUAUGUGUAUGUAUAUAAUUUUAUAAAUUUCACACAAAUUAAUACAUGCCUGUGUGCAUAUAUAUGUUUGGGAUAUAUUUGUAUAUACAUGUACAGGUAAUAAACAUCCCCAGGGUUUGUGGCUGGACAUACACAUAGGCAUCGGUUUAAAAACCAUCAGACCUCAGCUGUAAAAUAACAACUUUUUUGUCUAAAAUCAUUAAAGUUAUACUGUUCUGCAGCAUUUAGACAUGGACAUUUGUCACAUUUCAGUAGCUUUGACAACCAUACUGUAACAUUAAACCUAGCAUUCCACAAGAGAAUAAAAAUAAGAUUGAAACUGUAAAAUAUAUGCAACUGUGUGUUAUUUGUAGGAAAUUAUCACUAGAAAAAGCAAAAAGACUAAAAUUAUUAGUUCAGAUCUAAAGGUUCUAAAAAAGCUCAACACCUUUUUUCUAACUAAAUGGGUAUUUCAUCGUUUUUUAGGAUUUAUAUUCAAAUUGUAGAAGACCAAAAGGAAACUCUUGACUUUACAUAGAACAUCCAUUGUACAUAGCAUAGCAUAGGGUAACUGAGCCAGUAUCCUGAGGUGAAUUUUUUUUAAUUAACUAACUGUUUAUUUGCUAUUCUAUAGGCCAGCUAUUUAAAGAGAUAGGAAGGGCAGAAGAAUUCACACCAUAAAAGUUAAAGUUUUUUUUCCAAUUUGAAAGGUCAGACAAAGCUGGAAGUCCAAUAUUUAGGCAGUUUAAAUUUUAAAAAACUAAAAUAUUUCUAGACGCAUAGAUAAGAAAAUGAUAACAGUGAUUGGUUCUGAGUAAGAAAAGAGAGUCAGAGGUGAGAGGAAGACUUAAUGUGAUUGUAACAUUUAAAAAAUAACCUUUUGCAUUGUGCAAAAUUAAAUCACACAUUCCAGCUUCCCAAAUAAAUAAAAACACAUAGAGGUAAGAGCUAAGUAUGCUCAAUUAAAUCACCCAUUUAGUCAGUAGUACUGCUUAAGAGUAAUGGGUAUGUGGGGAAAACUGAACUGAGUAGUGAAUGAUACUAAAAGCAUUUGUGGUUGUUAAUUUUGUGGAUGUGAUAAUGAUAUGGUAGUUAUGUUUUUUAAAAUUUGUGCCUAUGGGAAACAAAACGAGCAUGAGAGAAUGUUGGUAAUAUUUUAAGCUGGGUAAUGGGUUCAUGGAUAUUCAUUGUACUAUUUCCCUUUUUUGUGUGUUUAUUAUAGAAAAUUUCAAACUGUUAAAAAUAACUAUAGAUUGAGAUUAUCAGAGUCAUCACUAGUGUUUCCUAUAGGAAAAUCUUAUGUUUUUGGCACUAAACAAAUAUUAAAAUUUGGGGUUCUGGGUAUAAUUUUUGUUAUAUGUAUAAUAUAUGUAUACAUCCACAAAUAUUUCUCCAAAAAAUAUUCUAGUCUUUCAACAAGAGCUUAUUAUAAUGGUAACCAGAGUGAAAGUCUCUGAGGUU